UCACCCUUUCCACACGUUCUUGUUACAAUGCCGAUGGAACUAGAACUAGGCCAAUUGACCACUGUUGAAGAAGAAGAAGAUGAACAACAACAACAACCUGAAAGGAACCCCACACUCACACCUGGCGAUGAUGGUACUGGAAUCUCCUUAUCUCUUGUUAUUAAAAGCGAAGACACUGGAGAUUUCUUGGAAGGCGAAGCUUACAUGUUUGAGAGUGACUGUGACGAAGAGUGUGAGCCUCGGGCCUCUGGUGAGAGAAAAAGACGUCGGGAGGCGGAGGAUGGGGACCGUGAUGAAGAGGAGGAUGAUGACGACGAGGUGGUGGUGGUGAAAAGGAGGAGGGCGUGUGGAGCGGCGGCACGACCAAGAGGAAGAGGAGAGAGUAGAGGAGGAGGUAGAGAGGGAUGGAGAGGCACAGGACCAGGAAGGGGAAGAGGAAGUCGAGGGAGAGGAAGAGGAAGAGGCAUACAGCUGAACGGUGAAAUGCCAGAAGACGUUAAUGUAGAACAACACGCUGAGGGACCCAAAGACCAAGACACAGACGUCAUAAGCCGAGAAACAGGUAGAGGCAGAAGGAGCAAACUGAGGGAGCCAGAGACCAAGGCACAGGCGGCCCAAAGAGUGUUGGAGAAGGAGCAGAAGAUGUAG